AUGUGUCUGAAAUCCCGAAGCUGUCCUUUGAACGUGAACGCAGCGCAGCUUGUGAUGAGAGAGGAGGAGGAGGAUGGGGAGGAGGAGGAGGAAGGAGGAGCAGGGUUAAAAGGAUCUCUGAUGCCAGUUCUGCUGCAGUGUUGGAUCCAUCCGGGCGCCCAGCACCUGUUCUCCUCUCUUCUGCUGGAGAAGCGACGCAAGCUGGAGCCGGCGGUGCACCGCCCCCCGUCGCCGCCUCCGCCGCCGCCGCCGCCGGAGCAGCCGCAGCCGCAGCAGUUCCAGUGGAGCGGAGCGGAGCGGCAACCUCCGCCUUGGACCGACGAACUGGCGGAGAUGUCCCGGCACAUCUACACCCGACACGGGAUAGGAGAAGGGCUGCAGAAGCCAGUGUUCCAGGGUAACAGAGGGACGUACUCCAGACGCAGUCGCCUGAAGAGGUCAGACGGCAGCACCACAUCCACCAGCUUCAUUCUCAGACAGGUAGGCUACAUCCAGAAGGAGCUGGGUCCAGAGUCUGGGGAGCGCCACUGA